CGUCCGAGUACUCCCGGCCUUAUGGCACAAGAAGCAGUGCCCUGGUUGAGGCACUGUCGAUAAUUAGUCGGUGGCCAUGCCCUAUCAAGACUUUCCGGCCAAUAACUGGAUAACAUGGAAGGAGAUGCAAGGGCGCGUUUCAGAUCCGCCAUUUGGCAUUUCAGAUGUGCUCGGCAAUGAACUCUCGGUUCAGCAAGAUUGAGACGUGCACCGCACUGCGCAUAGCGGCGGUCUUGCGAAAAGUCUCCACAAGGUUGUGCUCGAGUCCUUUGAGGGAGCAGCCGCUGUUAUUCUGAGUAUGAUUUCUCAACGACCGCAGUUUUAUGGCUGGGUCCGCCCAGUUGAGCUGAAACUAGCGCCAAGGCGCCAAGAAGACGAUUUCCUUCACGCCACUCCGCCCGGCGUCCGCUGACGACCCCUAUGGCUAGGUGAAUUUGGAAAUAUCUGCAGAGCGCGGCCACUUUGCAUUCACUAUAGCCAAUAGAUCGGUUCUGUCGAGAAAAUAAAGAUAGGACAAACUCCGCCGCACGGAGUUGUUAACCAAUCCAUUGGCUUUAAAAGAAUGGUACGGCAAAAGGCUAAUUUGCGAUUCCCGCUCCGCCUAGAUUGCUUGGCGCACCCCGUGGAUUCAGGGCGUCUUGUCUUCGCUCAUCCAGUAACACCGCUAGCUGAGUUCGGAUCAACUGACAGAGGUGCGCUCGAAGUGGGAUAGGGCUGUCCUUCACACGCUCGUCGAAUCUAAAUAGAGCUAUUGGAUGUGCCCUGCGGACAACAAAUAGUAGGGCGUCAUGGCUGGUACGGAGUAUUCCACUAUAGGCUGGCUCCUUUUCCAAGCAUGGCCCCAGACGCCCCCAUGUCGCUAUGCGGUACCGAUGGACCUCUUUUCGGUCAAGGAGACGUGUCUCGGUCCAAGAUUAUUCCUUUCCCAUCUUCCCCGAGUCAGGAAGCCCUGGAGACCGUGAUAGAUUAAGUCAAGAAUCGAUUAUUGCCGCCAAGCAGACGAUCGCUGCAUUGGCCGCCUUAGCACAAAGGAGAAAGUGUCCUCGGCAUCUCCCUUGGUUGACCCGCGUCGUCGACAGCGGCCAAGGCACAUUCAGCCGAAGUGUCGAAAGUUUUACCGCCGCCAAGCAGGCGAUCAAAGUGGCUUCUCUUGUCCGUAGCAUCCGCCAGACAUGGAAGUUGAAGCCGUGACAACGUUUGUCUGAAGGAGAAUGUGCAUUGCAUAUCCGCUUUC